AUGCUAGAUGAGGUGGAGAUGUGGCGCAUGAAGAAGCUGUUGAGGGGUCUUCGUGACAGCCGGGGAAAUGGGACGUCAAUGAUAUCGAUAAUCAUUCCUCCAAAGGACCAAAUAUCCAGGGUUUCAAAGAUGCUCACCGAUGAGUAUGGAACGGCAUCGAAUAUCAAGUCAAGGGUGAACAGAUUGAGUGUUCUUGGGGCCAUUACUUCUGCACAGAGCAAGCUAAAACAAUACAGCAAGACACCACCCAACGGGCUUGGAAUAUUUGUUGGGACUGUUCUCAUGGAGCAGAACAAAGAGAAGAAGGUCAGUGUUGGGGUAGAACCUAUAAAGCCUGUUAAUACAUCUCUGUACAUGUGUGAUUCUAAGUUUCAUGUGGAUGAUCUCCUAGCACUUUUUGAGGAUGAGGUUAAAUACGGAUUUAUUGUAAUGGAUGGGCAUUCCACUAUAUUUGCAACUCUGCAGGGAAAUGUAAAGACGAUUCUGCAGCAAAUACAUGUGGACCUUCCAAAGAAGCAUGGGCGAGGGGGGCAAUCAUCCGUAAGAUUUGCACGUCUUAGGGUUGAGAAGAGAAACGCCUAUGUCAAGAAGGUUGGGGAGAUAGCAGGGAAUCUGUUUCUGACGAACUGUAUUAUGAAUGUCGAGGGUGUUAUAUUGGCUGGACAGUCUGACCUUAAGAAUGAACUGUCUCGGGUGCUAGACAGCCGUAUAAAAGUGAUAAAGACAGUUGACACUAAUUAUGGCGGGGAAGGAGGACUGAAUCAAGCCAUUGAGCUAUGUGAAGAUAUUCUUAAGGAUGUAAAGCUGUCUAAGGAAAAGAAGGUGCUACAAAAAUUCUUCAACGAAAUUAACACUGAAAGCGGCAAGUUUUGUUUUACCAUGAAGGAAACAAUGCAGUGCUUAGAGAUGGGGGCUGUAGAGACACUUAUAGUUUAUGAGAACCUGUCCGAUGUUAGGGAUGAAGAGCUAUUUGUGGAUUGGAUCGCUGAAAACUAUAAGAACUUUGGAUGUACUUUAGUAUUUGUGAGCGACAAAAGUGCAGAAGGGACACAAUUUAUUGAAGGAUUUGGGGGUAUAGGAGGAAUUUUGAGAUACAGGGUUGAUAUGGAAGAUCAAAUGGAUGGAGACUAUUCUUCUGUUGAUGACGACGAGAUAUUUUAA